UCGGGGGACCUGGAGCUAGGGGGAGGUGGAGUGAGAGGCGCGGAGGGUGGCCGGGCGGCGGCGGGGCACUGGCCCUUUAAGGAGGAGCGCGGGGCGCGGCCCAGGUAAGGGGCGGGCCCGCCGGGCGGAGCAGCUCUGCGCGUCGGCGCCGGCCAGGGAGCCGGAUUUGGAGUGCGCGGCGCCGGCUGGGCCGGAGGGGGCGGCGCGGCGGAGCCUCCAGUGGUCUCGGACGCUCCUUCUCGCCCGCAGCCGCCGCCCGCCUCCGCCUGCUCCUCCGUCCUGGCCGGGCCCGGCCGCCACUUCCGGCCGCUCACCUGGGACGCGCUCACCUGCCUCCGGGCGCCUGGGCACCAGGAUGAAGGACCGGCUGGAGCAGCUGAAGGCCAAGCAGCUGACACAGGAUGACGAUGCCGAUGAGGUCGAGAUUGCUAUUGACAACACAGCUUUCAUGGACGAGUUCUUUUCUGAGAUCGAGGAAACUCGACUCAACAUUGACAAGAUCUCAGAGCACGUGGAGGAAGCUAAGAAGCUGUACAGCGUCAUUCUGUCUGCACCCAUUCCAGAGCCAAAAACCAAGGAUGACCUGGAGCAGCUCACGACUGAGAUCAAGAAACGGGCCAACAAUGUCCGGAAUAAACUGAAGAGCAUGGAGAGGCAUAUUGAAGAAGACGAGGUCCGGUCGUCAGCAGACCUUCGGAUUCGGAAAUCCCAGCACUCCGUCCUCUCCCGGAAGUUUGUGGAGGUGAUGACCAAAUACAACGAGGCCCAGGUGGACUUCCGUGAACGCAGCAAAGGGCGAAUCCAGCGGCAGCUCGAGAUCACCGGCAGGAAGACAACAGAUGGGGAGCUGGAGGAGAUGCUGGAGAGUGGGAACCCUGCCAUCUUCACCUCGGGGAUCAUCGACUCUCAGAUUUCCAAGCAAGCCCUCAGUGAGAUCGAGGGACGGCACAAGGACAUCGUGAGGCUGGAGAGCAGCAUCAAGGAGCUUCACGACAUGUUCGUGGACAUCGCCAUGCUGGUGGAGAACCAGGGUGAGAUGUUAGAUAACAUAGAGUUGAAUGUCAUGCACACGGUGGACCACGUGGAGAAGGCUCGGGAGGAAACCAAAAGAGCCGUGAAGUACCAGGGUCAGGCCCGGAAGAAAUUGAUAAUUAUCAUUGUGGUAGUGGUUGUGUUGCUGGGCAUUUUAGCGUUGGUUAUUGGACUUUCCGUUGGGCUGAAGUAAGGGCGGCCCGGGAGGCUGCUGCCCUGAAAUGUAA